GAUACCGCCGUCUCACCAGAGGUGGCGCUGUAGGGAGGAGUAACAGAGCGUAAACCGGAAGAAGACCUGAAGUAAACAGAGCAGCAUGGAGGCUCCCUGUAAGCCCUCACGCCGGGACCUUUUGGAGAGUAUUUUUAAGGCUAAGCUUUGUUAAUUUACUAUAAACACUCUCUCCAUUACAUGUCUUGGUUUGGGUUGAUUUUUAGAAGCGAAAACUAUAUAUUUUUGUUAACUUUACUAUCAAAUUAGCCAGAAUGAAAGCAGCGCACAGAGGGAAGGUCAGGUCUUUGCUCCAUCUGAGCCGCAGACUGACAACCGAGCAGCCGGGUCCCGCUGAGCCCUCACCGGGCACCCAGCAGCGGAGGCUCAGAAAGGACCCCCGCGGCUGCUCCGUGCUCCUGUUCCCCGGUCAGGGCAGCCAGUUUGUGGGCAUGGCGGGAGGACUUCUGCAGUAUCCCAACGUCAGAGACAUGUUCUCCGUCGCCCAGAGGAUCCUCGGCUACGACCUCCUGUCUCUGUGUCUGAACGGGCCCGAGAAGGACCUGCAGAAGACGGUGCACUGCCAGCCGGCGGUGUUUGUCGCCUCUCUGGCUGCGGUGGAGCGGCUGCACCAUGAAAACCCAAAGGCUGUUGAAAGUUGCGUCGCUGCUGCAGGUUUUAGCGUCGGGGAGUUUGCGGCUCUCGUCUUCUCCGGAGCCAUGGACUUUGCAGAAGCUCUGUAUGUGGUAAAGGUGCGCGCUGAAGCCAUGCAGAGGGCGUCGGAGCUGGUUCCGAGCGGGAUGCUGUCGGUCAUCGGGCGGCCUCAGGCUCAGUAUAAGCAGGCCUGUUUGCAGGCUAAAGAGCACUGCAGAAGUCUGGGGGUUCAGGAGCCCGUUUGUUCGGUUGCAAACUACCUGUUCCCUGAUGGCAGGGUCAUCGCAGGACAUCAGCAGGCGCUAGACUUUCUUCAACAGAAGUCGCGAAGUCUUCACUUCACAAGAACAAAACUUCUCCCGGUCAGUGGGGCUUUUCACACGGAUCUGAUGGCGUCGGCCACCAAACCUCUGAGCGACGCUCUCAGGGAAGUGGAGGUGCGACGCCCCGAGAUCAGCGUCUACUCCAACGUGGACGGCAAACGCUACAUGAGCGAGAGCCACGUCCGCCGGCAGCUGGCGAAGCAGGUGGUGUCGCCCGUCAAAUGGGAGCAAACGCUGCACGAGAUGUACGAGAGGACGCAGGGGGAGAGCUUUCCGCACACCUACGAGGUGGGGCCCGGGAAGCAGCUGGGCGCCACGCUUCAGAAAUGCAACCGGAAGGCUUUCCAAACCUACGUUCACGUGGACGUCGUGGCGAACCAGGAGUGACCGUUCUAAUGACUCAUUUUGAAUUAAAUACAUCCGUUUUUUAAGGAAUCAAACAUCCAGCUGUAAUCAUUGUAAAGUUUAUUUGCAUCACAUGAAAAAAGCAUUUUCCAAUCUAUUAGAAAGUCCAGCUCCCUUCUUUUUGUUUGACCUCUUAAACCAGUAAGAAAUAACUGAAGUCUGCAGACCUGCAACAGUUCAGUCCUCAUAAACAUCCUUUUCUACAAACACAGUCCUGAACUGUUGUGUCAUUGCUACAUACGCUGGCAAACCUCUUUAAACACCUUUAAACCAAUCCAGUUCUUAAAUUUAAAGAUCAUUUUCUUGAUUUGAAAAAUAUUUUUAACAACGCUCAUUAAAAUAGUAAAAAAAAAAA